CAUUUUACAGAGGUUGAUAUUGCAGCAACACAUAAUUGUUUUAGUUUUGUGCACUUCUCCUGACGCACCAAUUCAGCGCAUUUUCCAGCACUGAUUGUUGUGAGAUCACAGGCUGGGAGGAUGACUGCUCGAGUGUAUUUCUCUUUGAUUGCUGUUUUGUUGUGUCUGUUUGGAUACUUGAGUGUAACUCACGCUAUUCAAAGACGAACCACAGUGGACGGUUAUUGUCCAGUGACGCUGACGGUCGUGCCAUCCCGUCGAGGAUGUUCUUCUGAUGAAGACUGCCCUGGAGGACACAAAUGCUGUCGAUUUGACUGUGGGCCUGUUUGCGUGCUGCCUGUUUUAGUGAAGCCGGGUCAGUGUCCCCUACCGGAGAUGAUUCCACUGUGUGCGGAAAGCUGCUUCCGUGAUGCCCAGUGUCCUGCCACACAGAAAUGUUGCCCAACCACCGGUAGCUUUGCAUGCAGUGAACCACGUGGUCAGGGAAGAGGUCAGGCAAGUUGCCAGGGCCAUGGAAGCGGUCAGGGAAGUGGACAGGGAAGCGGCCAAGGACAGGGUCAUGGAAGCGGUCAAGGACAGGGUCAUGGAAGCGGCCAGGGCCAAGGACAGGGUCAUGGAAGCGGUUAGGGCAAAGGACC